CCCAAGUAUCGUCCGGCACGGAGCUGGGCUGGCGGCGGCCCCUGUUGCCAGCUUCCUUUGCGUGAGCCGCGGGGUCCGCGUCUGCGCCCUCCGCCCUUCGCCCUUCGCCCUUCGCCCUUCGCCUCGUCCCGGUCUCCCCGGCCCGGCCCCUGCCCGUCAUGGUGCCGUCGGCGCGCCUGGCGAGGCCCCGCUGAGCCUCGGCCCGGCGGCGAGCGCGGCUCGGGGUCACCAUGCCUACCCGAGUGUGUUGCUGCUGUUCUGCUUUGCGUCCUCGCUACAAGCGCCUGGUGGACAACAUCUUCCCUGAAGACCCAAAAGUAAUUUGAUCUGCAUCUACUGCUCCUUCUCUUUGCUGGCCCAUCCUCCCCCCCGCUGACCUCCCUAAAGGAUGGCCUUGUUAAAGCUGAUAUGGAGAAAUUGACAUUUUAUGCUGUAUCUGCUCCAGAGAAACUGGAUCGAAUUGGUUCUUACCUGGCAGAAAGGUUGAGCAGGGAUGUUGUCAGACAUCGGUCUGGGUAUGUUUUAAUUGCUAUGGAGGCAUUGGACCAACUUCUUAUGGCCUGCCAUUCUCAAAGCAUCAAGCCAUUUGUAGAAAGCUUUCUUCAUAUGGUAGCAAAGCUGCUGGAAUCAGGGGAACCAAAGCUUCAAGUUCUUGGAACAAAUUCUUUUGUCAAAUUUGCAAAUAUUGAAGAAGACACACCGUCCUAUCAUAGACGUUAUGAUUUUUUUGUAUCUCGCUUCAGUGCCAUGUGUCACUCCUGUGAUAGUGAUCCAGAAACACGAACAGAAAUCCGAAUUGCUGGAAUCAGAGGUAUUCAAGGUGUGGUUCGCAAAACAGUUAAUGAUGAACUUCGGGCUACCAUUUGGGAACCCCAGCAUAUGGAUAAAAUUGUUCCAUCCCUGCUGUUUAACAUGCAAAAGAUAGAAGAGGUUGACAGUCGCAUAGGCCCUCCUCCUUCUCCUUCAGCAGCUGACAAAGAAGAGAAUCCCGCCAUGCUGGCUGAAAACUGCUUCAGAGAACUGCUGGGCCGAGCAACUUUUGGGAAUAUGAAUAAUGCUGUGAGACCAGUUUUUGCGCAUUUAGAUCAUCACAGACUAUGGGAUCCCAAUGAAUUUGCAGUUCACUGCUUUAAAAUUAUAAUGUAUUCCAUUCAGGCUCAGUAUUCUCACCAUGUGAUCCAGGAGAUUCUAGGACACCUUGAUGCUCGUAAAAAAGAUUCUCCACGAGUUCGAGCAGGUAUUAUUCAGGUUCUGUUAGAGGCCGUUGCCAUUGCUGCUAAAGGUUCCAUAGGACCCACAGUGCUGGAAGUCUUUAACACCCUACUGAAGCAUCUGCGUCUCAGUGUUGAAUUUGAAGCAAAUGAUUUACAGGGAGGAUCUAUAAGCAGUGCCAACUUAAGCACAAGUUCCAAAGACAGUGAUGAGAAGAUUGUGCAGAAUGCUAUCAUCCAAACAAUAGGAUUUUUUGGAAGUAACCUACCAGAUUAUCAGAGGUCAGAAAUCAUGAUGUUCAUUAUGGGGAAAGUACCCGUCUUUGGAACAUCCACCCAUACUUUGGAUAUCAGUCAACUAGGGGAUUUGGGAACCAGGCGGAUUCAGAUAAUGUUGCUGAGAUCUUUACUUAUGGUAACCUCUGGAUACAAAGCAAAGACAAUAGUUACUGCACUGCCGGGGUCUUUUCUGGAUCCUUUGUUAUCACCAUCCCUCAUGGAAGACUAUGAACUGAGACAGUUAGUCUUGGAAGUAAUGCAUAAUCUCAUGGAUCGCCAUGACAAUAGGGCAAAGCUUCGAGGGAUCAGAAUAAUACCAGAUGUGGCUGACCUAAAAAUAAAAAGAGAAAAAAUUUGUAGACAAGACACAAGUUUCAUGAAAAAGAAUGGGCAACAACUAUAUCGGCACAUAUAUUUGGGCUGUAAAGAAGAAGACAAUGUUCAGAAAAACUAUGAGCUACUUUAUACUUCUCUUGCUCUUAUAACUAUUGAACUGGCCAAUGAAGAAGUGGUUAUUGAUCUCAUUCGAUUAGCCAUUGCUUUACAGGACAGUGCAAUUAUCAAUGAGGAUAAUUUGCCAAUGUUCCAUCGUUGUGGAAUCAUGGCGCUGGUUGCUGCAUACCUCAACUUUGUAAGUCAGAUGAUAGCUGUCCCUGCGUUUUGCCAGCAUGUUAGCAAGGUUAUUGAAAUCCGAACUAUGGAAGCCCCUUAUUUUCUACCAGAGCAUAUUUUCAGAGAUAAGUGCAUGCUUCCAAAAUCUUUAGAGAAGCAUGACAAAAACUUGUACUUUUUGACCAACAAGAUUGCAGAGUCACUAGGUGGCAGUGGCUAUAGUGUUGAGAGAUUGUCAGUACCGUACGUACCACAAGUAACAGAUGAAGAUCGACUUUCUAGAAGGAAAAGUAUUGUGGACACCGUAUCCAUUCAGGUGGAUAUCUUACCCAACAGCAUUCCUUCAGAUGAUGUGGUUAGUAACACUGAAGAAAUCACCUUUGAGGCGUUAAAGAAAGCAAUUGAUACCAGUGGAAUGGAAGAACAGGAAAAGGAGAAGAGGCGUCUAGUAAUAGAGAAAUUCCAGAAAGCACCUUUUGAGGAAAUAGCAGCACAGUGUGAAUCCAAAGCAAAUUUGCUUCAUGAUAGACUUGCUCAAAUAUUGGAACUCACCAUACGCCCUCCUCCCAGUCCAUCAGGAACACUGACCAUUACUUCUGGGCACGCCCAAUACCAGUCUGUCCCAGUCUACGAGAUGAAGUUUCCAGAUCUGUGUGUGUACUGAGUGGCUCACGAAGACCUCAGCAUAAAGCCUAAAACUUAGGGCCAAGCUGAGUUUUCAGGGUUUACUUAAUGUGUGUUAACAUACUUCUUGAAAAUUAUGAUGGAAUUUAUCUUUAACAGAAUGCUUGGCAUAUCAGAUUAGAUAUUUUGCAGCUAUAUUAUAUGAUUUAGAGUACUUUUGAAGAUAGGUUUAUGCCAUGUUAAUUUUUUUUUUUGAGGUUCCUGAUGGCUUUUAAAAUUGAACGUAUAUUGGUCUCACAUUAAUUGUUAAAUAGUAUAUUUAAAAAUUUUCACAAACAUGUAAUUUAAAAAAAAAUUAAGCCUUCAGAGGGUUGAAGAUGUAUGAAGUGUCUACUGUAUUUCUUAGACAUCUACGCAACUGCUUAAAAUUAGAAUUGCUGUUGUUUUUCUUUAUCUGCGAAAGCAAAAACAUACAAAUAUAUUCCUAAUCCUGGAGCUGCAAAACUGUUCUGUGGCUCUUUGUCCCCAUGUUGUAGAUGUCGUGGUGGGCAUCCCUCUGUUCGUUCACUGUAACAAUAUGUGACAGUCACUCCUCAACUUGUUUGUGGAAAUGACAUUUACUGAGUAAUAUUGCUAGAAUAUGACCCUAAAAUCUCCGACUUUAAAGUGUCUAGUUCUUGUAAUACUGUGUUUUCUGCCAAAAGUUUGACCGUUCUACUUGAGAGGUCUUAGAGCUUGCUCUUGGAGUACUGAACUGUGCAAUAUUUUUUACAUCAUUAGAUGUAUUAGUUUACAGAUGAUGCUUUGAAAUUAUAGUAGCAUUUUGCUGUGGCCCCAUUAAUUAAAUGAGCUAUUAUUUAGUACAGGAAAAAAAGACGCUUAAAACAGCUACGAGUUCACCUGUGAAGAGCGUGUACGUUUUGAUUUCUGUUGAGAGCAUAUUAAUUUACAUUUUAAUAUUGUGCGGUUUUUAAAUCCUCAUAGUCAAAAAAUGCCCCAAAUGGACUUUCAGUUUGUAAGAUUUGACCUGCACCUUGUAUGCAUCUCUGUUUAGGAUUUGUGAUAUUACAUUUGAAAAGAGUGCCUAUGGGUUUAGCAAUCAAGUGUGCUACAGAUCGCCAAUUUAAGCUUGUGUUGAUUUAAGCUACCAAGAUUACAUGUGCUGACAGACUUAAAUUCUUAAAAUUGUGUACAUUUUAGUGAAUUCCAUCACAUGGCAAAAAUGAACAAUUUUCUUUGCAACUCAUAAAAUUCUUUUAGGACAUUUUUAUAAAAUAAUCCGUUUAUAAUUCUACUACCUUUUCAGAUUUGAUUCCCUUUUACAUAAAACAAUAUACAUAUCAAAAAUUGUAACCCAAAAAACAAUUGCAUUAUUAGCUUUAGAUUUUGUUUGAAAAAUUGCAGUGAAGAAAGGCAUGUUAUUACUUGGUGUUUACAAUUAUUUGGGCACCUUUAGUAGAAACAAAAAAGUGAGGAAGUAAUAAUAGAACAAGCAUACUCAAAAUUUUUUUGAAUAUUUAAACCAAAGUACAGCAUCUUGAAACAUCCUGCAGAAGAUCCUAGUCUUUUUAAACCUAUUAAAUGAUACUCAAGCAUCCUGGGUGGUUUACUCACUGUAGAUAAACAAGGCAUUGUUUUCCAAGUGAUAGUGCAGUCACCACCUGGGGGGUUAAAUGGCCCCAUUGCAGCUGUCACUGUAACUUUACCUCUUGACCAGGUAAAAUGUUUCACCAUCUAAUAGGCCAAGUUUUAUGUUUUUUUAAUUUCCCUUUUUUUCUUCUGUAUUUCUAAAGAAAGAUUGUGUAAAAAUCUAAGCAGGGGGACAUGCAAAAACAAUCAUCAUCCACUUGGAUGUCAUUUUAUAGAUUAACACUGUGUGCUUUUGUAUGAAAAAAUAUAUAUAAUUUAAUAGUAUAAGAAAAGAAGAUAUAUAUUCAUUUGCACUCAUGCAAAACAAACUUUGCUCUACAAAAUUUCAUGUUUCUCUGUGAUUUAAAAAUGCAUGUAUAGCAUGUAAAGGAAGACCAUUUCAGUUAAUGUUUAUCACACCUCUCUUUUGGUCUGUUUUGUAAACUGUAGAUUUGGGUUUUGGGGGAUUUUUUUUCCUGUAGUAGUUGUUUUUAAAUCACAGUAGACUUCUGUAUAUCCUAGAUUACUGAACUGGUCUUGUUAACAACGAUUCCCAAGAAAUGAGGGGUCUUUUCUUAGGCUUUCUGUCCCUUCCAGGAGAUUGCAGGAGAUCCUGCACGUCAUAGGUAUGCCUACUAUAUUACAGCCAGUUUGGAUACUGAAAGUUUAGGAUGUGUUGAAAUUCACUGUAUUGCUAUAUUUUUGUAGAUAUUUAAAACUCUUAAUAAAAACUGUUAAUCAUUCUCUUUUCGCUGUAUACUGUUGCUUAUAUCAUUCAUUUUUUUCCUUGACAUUGAAUAGUUAACAUUGAAAUGUUUCUCCUAUACUUGUGUUGUCUUUGCUUAUACAGUCAUUGGAGUUAACCUAAACACACACACACUUCCUUAAUACUUCUGAACUCAUUAUCUUUUAGAAUCAUAAUACUGUACUUAACCAGCAGUUAACUUCCCCUUCCUCACAAUAUCUCUUUUCUUCCUUUCUGAAAAUGGUACUAAUUUGUUUUAUUCAUACCAAUAUAUGUACUAAAUGUAAUGAAUUGAGUUUUUUGAGAUGUAACAAUUCACUGUGCAAUUCAUAUGUAAGCAAUAAAACAAAAUCAAAUUA